AAAGCAAAGCUUCAAAGCAUCUCUGCUAGGAUUUUAGCGAGCGGCAACGACGAGCGACCCAAAAAAGCAAUCAUUAGUCACCAUAUCUGGUCCUCUCGCUCCACCCCCCUCCUCUGCGACUUGAGGCAGGACAGGAGGCACAGACGUGCAAUGGGGUUCGUGCUGGUGGUCUCUCUGCCCUUCAUCUUCUUCUCCAUCCUCCUCGGCUUCGGCUGCUACUUCCUCGGCAAGCACAGGGGCCGGGAGGAGAUGCGGACCGGCAUCGGCGUGCAGAUCUACGGCACGCCGCUGCCGCCGCCCGGCGUCGUCGGAGCCUCCUCGCCGCCGCCUGAGCCGUUCCACAGCAAGAAACAAUGGUCCGAGGCUGUGUGACUGAGAUUCAGACGUCUCUCCAUCCAUCCAUUCUACUACUACUACAUAUAUGUCUUGGUGGUGAUGUUGGAUUUAUAUUCUUAGUUCUUUCUUCUUUAAUUUCGCCCUGGCUGUCUUGAGAGUGUAGAUUGAGAGUCAAAUCUGUGCUUGUGUCUAAAGAUGGUGUGUGUGGAUGUUGUGAUACGAUUGCAAUCACACUUUAUAUCUUCUGUAAUCAAGCAAAAAAUUUCUGAAA